ACAUUGCAACAGGAAAUACAAAGGGGCCCUUUUAGAGUGUUUAUGAAGUCAAUUUGAAAAUGUCUAUAUAGUAUCAUGAAAUGAAAAUACUCUGAAAAUGUACAAGUACCUCAGAAUUGUAUAGUAAAUGUAGGCCAACGUGUGUGUCUUCCACCACUAGGGGCAACCUUUCUGUUUACAUUUGGUUCAUGAAAUCUUCUCAUGACUCUUUAAAGAUCCACCAACAGAAAUCUCAAACCAAUCACAGGUCAGUUUUUGCACCACGAGGAAUGUGCAUCAUCACCCAGAGGAGAAGGAAAUUGGUACUUUCCGUGUUUUGACGUCACAUAUCGGACACUACUAUCUCAUGCAUCCCAAACACGGAAGAACAGUCACACCGGGAAACACACAUGAUGGAAAACACACGAGUCUGUAAAAGUACGGAAGACUUCUGCGCCAUCUGCUUGGAUGAGAUCCAAGAGAAGAAGACGUUAAAGUGCUGUCACUCUUUCUGCUCUGCGUGCAUCGACUCGGUGUUCAAGUGUAAGCCCGCCUGUCCGAUCUGCAACACCUACCACGGAGAGUACACGGGCACCCAGCCGGAGGGCAGCAUGACGGUGAUGCGCAGCCGGCAGGGCCUGCCGGGCUUCGAGCACUGCGGCUCGAUUGUCAUCCAGUACAGCUUCCCAGCGGGGAUACAAGGGCCUGAACACCCGAACCCCGGGGUGAGGUACAGCGGCACCUCUCGUACUGCCUUCCUGCCAGCCAACGAGGAGGGAGAGAAAGUCCUGAAGCUGCUGAGGAAGGCCUUCGACAGGAGAGUCAUCUUCACCGUCGGACGAUCUGUCACCACGGGCCUCAACAACGUCAUCACCUGGAACGACAUUCACCAUAAGACCAACAUGGAGGGCGGUCCACAAUGUUUUGGAUAUCCAGAUCCAAAAUAUUUGUCCAGGGUUCAAGAGGAGCUUCGUCUGAAAGGAGUAACACAUGAUGACUGAUGACAAUCACAAGACAUCCUUCAAAUAGAUUUGAUUAUUUAUAUUGUUACAAAGUCUCUCAUUUCUGCAACUUGCAGACCUCAAGCAGGGAUCGUCAUUACUGAGGCUUUGAGAUGUUUUUAUUCCACAAAGUGGACACAUGGAACUAUUAUCUUGAGACAUGAAGAUUAAUGGCUUUUCCCAAAGAGUUUUCAUCUGACUAUGCAAAAAAAAAUACUUUAAACGCAGUCUGUGCAGUAUGUGAUCCAACAAAACAAAGAUCACAGUACAGUGGGUUAGUAAAAGGGGUUAUACUAUCGACCAUCAGACUUCAGUAAUGUAAAUAUCUUUUUCUAACACUGGAUCACAGGUCUGGUGCCUAAAAGCAGACAUAAACAGAACAUGUUGUAAAAAGCACUUUUCAUCUGUGAUAUGGUAAAGUUUCCUAGGGAAAUGAGAGAUCAUAAUGUAUUUGGCAUAGUCAUAGGUAGUGUAUUAUGUUUAACGGAUAAUGUGAUAUUCUAUAUUUCUCUUAUUGUCAACAAAUCCCAUGAAAAGACAAGGAAUGCACCGAUACCGAUAUUGGUUAUUGGGGUGAUGCUGAUUCAAAUAGCUGGAUGGGGUAUCAAUGACAACGAGGUCGAUCUAUUCAAUUGGGUACUAUGAUGAAGCUUACUCUUCUGUGCCGCAGAACACCAUUGUUGUCCAAAACCUCAUAAAAACAUGGGUGACAUAUUCCUUCAUUUCAAUGAAUAUGGACACUGUAGUUUGUUUUACAUUGAUCCCACAUACACAGUCCUGCUGCUGUUAAUAUUUACCAAUGCACCACAUCCGCGGCUGAAAAUAGUCCCCAACAAAUGCACUAUUUACUCCUGUUUGAGUAACAAUUACUAAAAACUACAGUAGCUGUUUCAGGAAAAAAUUAGCUUUUAGUUUUAGUUGCUUUUUUUUUUUCUAACUUAAAAUAUAUAGCGUCACAGUUACAUCUUCAGUAAUAAUGAAUGGGCUCAAGGAUGAGUGACACAGACAGGCCGGGGAAGUCGGAAAGUAUUGACAGAUGAAAUUGCACAUUGUUGGUUUCGGUCAUUUCACAGGGUAUGUUGACAAUUCCCAACAUAUAGAUUAUCACCAGUCUUAUCAUAUAGCACCUUUAAUACCAUAUUCAUUCAUGUUGUGCCUUUAUAUGACAUCAGUCAAUGUAGUAGUAUCAAACAAAAGGAGGAUCUGAAAUCUAGUCAUGUAUCUAUCAGACUCCUUUAGUCCAAAAACAUCUUUGAUAUUUUUCAGUCCGGCCUUUUGCCCGUCUGGUCCACUAGAGGGCGAUGCUCUCCUCUAGGAAGACUAUAUGUGAUGGCGUCUGCUUGGUAUGCAGCUGUAUCAUCAUCACAAACCCACAGCCCUGCAGCACCUCCCAAACCUCAUCGCCCAAAGUCAGUGAGAGGAGCAGAGCAUCUGCUAUAGAUGAUGAGUCAUGUGUUUCUAUGGUGCUCGGGGCAGUUUUUAGCAACAGCAGCAUACUUACAGUGUAUGUACGACGGAGAGAACGGUUGUCACCUUGUGUUUGACCAUAUUGAACUCGAUUUCUGACGGCAGUGCAAAUACGGUUAAAGAUGAGUCGUGCCAGUCACAUGCACAGACAGACGCAGAUUCAAUUUAAAGGUCAAUGAUGACAAAAUAAUUUAAGGCUUAUCUGUUGUUGAAUUGAAAGUUAAAGGGAUAGUUUGGGUGUUUUGAACUGGAGUUGUAUGAGGUACUUAUCCAUAGUCAGUGUAUUACCAACAGUAGAUGACGGUCGGCACGCCCCCAGCUUCGAGAAACACACAGGAGUACCAACACCGGAGCAAAGCAAUACAGUGCUGUGGACGGGGACGGCAGAAAAACUGAUUUUAGCCACCUAAAAGAAAGGCUCACCUAAAAAAAAUCAAAAUCAGUAUUAGUGAACACUAUAUUUGGAAUA